AUGACCAAAUUGGACCCCCAUUUGUUGAACAUAUUCAGGUCACAGUUCAGACUGUUUGAACUGAAUCCCAUCCAGAGACUGCCAGCACUUGCUCUGAGGCUGGAUAGUGUUUCCAAUACAGAAACUAAAAUUGUGGUGGUUAAGAAUGACUCAUGUACCUUUUCUUCUGUCCCCAGCUUCAUGUUUCCUGUAGCAGGCGGUUUAGGCCCUCCUCAAGGGAUGAUUCCUAUGCAACAGCAAGGGUUCCCAAUGGUUUCUGUCAUGCAGUCCAAUAUGCCAGGCAUGAUGGGCAUGAAUUACGGUUCCCAGAUGCCGCCAGGACCCAUGGCCAUGCAGGGUGGGAUGCCUUUAGGACCGAUGCAAGCAACUGGAAUGCCUUACAUGGGACAGGCUUCUUUCCUAGGAAUGCGCCCAGCAGCCCCUCAGUAUACCCCCGACAUGCAGAAGCAGUUUGCAGAAGAACAACAAAAGAGGUUUGAGCACCAGCAGAAAUUCUUAGAAGAAGAACGAAAACGACGCCAGUUUGAAGAGCAGAAACAAAAACUGAGACUGUUGAGCAGUGUGAAACCUAAGACAGGUGAAAAAAGUCGAGAUGAUGCAUUGGAAGCCAUUAAAGGAAACUUAGAUGGUUUUUCUAGAGAUGCUAAAAUGCACCCAACACCAGCAUCACAUCCCAAAAAGCCAGAUCAUCCCACAUCAUCCCAUUCUACUGUAUCUGUUUCCCACUCUACUUUUCUUGAUGAUGGAGAAUUUAGUGACUUUAUACAAGGGCCUCUUGAAACCCCCAAACUGGUGCCUCCAGCCACCUCACAGCCUUUUCAGCCUUUCCAUUCUGCUGCUGAGGCUGGGCCGCUGCUCUCAGAAAAGGCUGUGGUCCAGCCUGCCCCUUCAGCUCCGGUGCUGCCCGCCCUGCAUGGGACAGUUGGGCAGGUUCCUUAUUUUCCUACCUCUGCAUCUUCACCCAGUAUCCAUAAAACAGGCUCUUCCUUGGAGGAGAAAGUCUUAGAUAAAGACCUAAAUGAAUCUGAACGAGACCAAACCAAACUUAGAACACCCGAAGUUGGGCACAAAGCCUCAGCAAGCCGCGUUCAGCCCAGUCUAACCAGCAGUGACUGGGGGGUUGUAGGUGGACGUGAAAGUGGUACCACUGCUGCAGAGGCGCGCAAGGCUUCAGAACAAAACAUAGCAGCUGAAGAGUGUGGAGUUGGAGUGUUCCCUUCGCAGGAUCCCAUUCAGCAGAUGAUGCCUCCCUGGAUUUACAAUGAUAGUUUGGUCCCAGAUUUGUAUAAGAAAAUUUUAGAAACGACGAUGACUCCUACGGGAAUCGAUACUGCUAAACUCUAUCCCAUCCUGAUGUCAUCCGGAUUGCCCAGAGAGACUCUUGGGCAGAUCUGGGCUUUAGCCAACCGUACUACACCUGGGAAGCUCACGAAAGAAGAGCUUUAUGCUGUCCUGGCUAUGAUAGCAGUGACUCAGAGAGGAAUACCAGCAGUGAGUCCUGAUGUGCUAAACCAGUUUCCAGCUGCCCCUGUCCCUACUUUAACCGGAUUCCCAAUGCACCUGCCUGCUGCGGUGAGCCAGCAGCCGCUGAUGCCCUCUGGACCGCCCGUUUCCCUGCCUCUGAGUAUGGGAGCUGCCGUCAUAGGGAUGAGCAUGACGGCAGCAGCGGGUGGAGCUGCCACGCAGCCCGCGGCGCCUUUUGCUCCGUCCUACCCACCAGGCCAGGUGGCAAAGCCCGAGGAGGAUGACUUCCAGGAGUUCCAAGAUGCUUCGAAGUCUGGCUCAAUAGAUGACUCUUUCACUGAUUUCCAAGGGGAUGUAGCAGGCUCCUCCAAAGCAGCCACUUCACAGCACCGGAGCAGUGUUCCUUCUUUGUUAAUGCCGCUCCCAGGUAGUAAAACACUCCCAUCAACUGAUAAGUAUGCUGUAUUUAAGGGAAUUUCAGCUGAGAAGCCUUCUGAGAGCUCGUCUGCUUUUGGAGAUCGUGGAGACAAAUACAGUGCUUUCCGUGAAUUAGAACAGCCAUCGGAGAGCAAAUACUUAGGAGAUAACCUUGCAGAAUUCAAGUCUGCAGGAACUGAUGACGGCUUCACAGAUUUUAAAACCGCUGACAGUGUCUCACCCUUAGAGCCACCUACAAAAGACAAAACUUUCCCCACAUCCUUCCCUUCUCUACCCGUUCAGUCAAAACAGCAAACGCAGUCAAAGACCUCUUUGAACCUAGCAGACUUGGAUCUCUUUUCCUCUACUGGAGAGAACAAGCAGCUCUCGUUUCCUCCUGCAUUCAAUACAUCAAAAUCAGCCUCUUUUCCUCUGCCACCGCUUCCAUCUGCUACUGCCCAGCCAGCACCCAGCAAAAGCUCAAGCUUAGCUGAUGACUUUGGAGAGUUCAACCUUUUUGGAGAAUUUUCUAAUUGCACGACAGCCAGUGGACAAGAUGACUUUGCCGAUUUUAUGGCUUUCAAUAAUAGCAGUGGAUUUUCCGAACAAAAAACGGAUGACAAAUACAAUGCACUGAAACUGGAGGCCAGUCCUGUUCCUCAGUCUAGCUCCUCUGCCAGCGCUGUGAAGAGUGGGCCGAGUUCUGCCGCCAGCGCCACCCCCACCAAAUACGACAUCUUCAAACAGCUUUCCCUGGAAGGCUCGGGGGGCGCUUUCGAGGAGGGCAAGGACAACCCGCUUUCCUCAGUGAAGAGCGACGACGAUUUUGCCGACUUCCACUCCAACAAGUUCUCUUCCACGUGCAACAUUGCGGAUAAAUCCUUGGUGGACAAAGUGGCGGCUUUCAAGCAGGCCAAAGAAGACUCUGCUUCAGUGAAGUCUCUAGAUCUCCCUUCCAUUGGUGGCAGCAGUGUUGGCAAGGAGGAUUCCGAAGACGCGUUGUCCGUUCAGUUUGACAUGAAACUGGCUGAUGUGGGAGGAGAUCUUAAACAUGUCAUGUCUGAUAGCUCUUUGGAUUUGCCAACAGUUAGUGGCCAGCAUCCACCAGCAGCAGAUAUGGAUGACUUAAAAUGUGCCCCAUUUGGAAGCUACAACAGUGGGUCUGCAGUCAGCAGCCUGGCAAGCUAUGACUGGUCCGACAAAGACGACAUUCAUCAGGGCAAGAAGCUCCCUUCCUUUGUCCAGCCUUCGGGAAGUGGAUCCUCCGCAGCCACUUCAGUCCUUCAGAAGAAAGAGACUUUGUUUGGCAGUUCAGAAAACAUUACCAUGACAACAGUUUCCAAAGUGACAACCUUUUCCAGCGAGGAUGCUUUGCAGGACGCUCCCUUUGGAGCCUUUGCAAACUUCAAAGACCCUGGCGUGGUCUCCAGCGGUCCAAGCGAUGAGGACAUCGGAGACUUCGGCGAUUUUGCGAGACCUCCAUCAGAAGCGCGGGAUGCAGCAGCAGCAGGAGAUGCCAAUCAGGAGGCAGACUUCCUUGCUCCCGGGAUCUCUUCUGCCUUGCCGAAAGAGCCUGCAGAUGACUUUGGAGAAUUCCAAAGCGAAAAGCCGAAAAUCAGCAAGUUUGACUUCUUGGUAGCGACUUCCCAAGGCAAGAUGAAGUCUAGCGAGGAAAUGAUCAGGAGUGAACUGGCUACCUUUGACCUGUCUGUUCAAGGGUCGCAUAAAAGGAGCUUAAGCCUAGGUGACAGAGAGAUAAGCCGCUCGUCACCUUUACCAGUUUUGGAGCAACCAUUUAGAGAUCGCUCAAAUACUCUCAGUGAGAAGCCUGCCUUGCCCGUCAUCAGAGACAAAUACAAAGACUUAACUGGCGAAGUGGAGGAAAGCGAGAGGUAUGCGUACGAAUGGCAAAGAUGCUUGGAAAGUGCCCUGCAGGUAAUAAAGAAAGCAAAUGAUACCUUAAAUGGAAUAAGUAGUUCAUCUGUUUGCACUGAAGUUAUCCAGUCUGCUCAAGGCAUGGAAUAUUUAUUAGGGGUUGUUGAAGUCUAUAGAGUAACAAAGAGAGUUGAAUUGGGUAUCAAAGCAACUGCUGUGUGUAGUGAGAAACUCCAGCAGCUUCUAAAGGAUAUUGAUAAAGUGUGGAACAACUUAAUAAGCUUCAUGUCACUUGCUGCUUUAACGCCAGAUGAAAACUCCCUAGAUUUCUCGUCUUGUAUGCUGCGUCCAGGCAUUAAAAAUGCCCAAGAUCUUGCCUGUGGGGUAUGCCUCUUAAACGUGGAUUCAAGGAGUAAAAAAGAAGAGAAACCUGUGGAAGAGCUUCCUAGAAAAGCCUUUAAUUCAGAAACGGAUAACUUUAAGCUGGCUUACGGAGGGCACCAGUACCAUGCAAGCUGUGCCAAUUUCUGGAUCAACUGUGUGGAGCCCAAACCUCCAGGUCUCAUUUUGCCAGACUUGCUCUGAAGGGAGUUCCUCUGAAGAUGGAUUAUCAGGCUCCAAUAAUGUAGGACACUUGGGCAAUAAUGUGAUAGAAUAAGCGGAAAGGCUUUCUGGCACCGUGAUGAGUGUUUGAAAUGUUUGGCUUUGAUCUUUGUACAAUAAUGGGUUAAAGCCGUGGUCAAAUAUACAAGCUCCUCGUGAAGAAUUUCACUUGAAUUUUGAGGUCUUCAGAAAUAACCAGGAAAAAAAAAUGUAUUGUGGCACAAAAUGUGGCAUUUCAGUCUUUCUUAUGCUGAAUGUAGGUUAGUUUUGUAUGAAACCCGUCUGCUAAUCAAAGUGCAUAAACCUCUGAGAUGAGGAUGAGUUUAUACCUAGUUUCCAAGAAAAACUGAAAUAUUGGACAGAUUUGCAUGGAAAUGACCACUUAAAUACUUGAAAUAUGUAUGUGCAAACAAGUCUUCUCGUUAUUUUUUUUGGUAUAUGGACAAUGUUGUUUAAAUAUUUGCUGCUAUACUAUUGCAAUGCACAAGCCACAGUAACUUUCAAGGUAAAAUGACUUGUUGACUUAGGAAUUGAACUGCAGGGAGUCAUUGUGUAUUUAUACUUCUACUGUUCUGUAUAGAAAACUACACUGUACUCAUACACAUAACUGGUUAAUAUGGGGGAAUCAGAACUCGGAAAAAUUGUUGAAAUUUUCCCUAUUGUAUCUGAAUUCUUCAGUACAGGCAGCUGGGUUUUAGAACUCGCAAUCUCUGCUCUUCUGUUGUAAAUAUUAUACAAAUGCUGUCUCGGGGUGUCGCAAACUGUAGAUGUGGUUUGUUCUGCCUUUCCCCUUACCCUUAGGUGCUGUGGGGCUGCAUUGCUGCUGGAAACUGGAUGUCGCUGCUAGUGAGCGCUUGCUGCCGUACCUGUUAUCCGUCCUGUAUGUCAACGUGCUUUGCUUGAUGGGAUUGCUGGGGGUGACUGGUGCAGCCUAGUGCUAUUCGUAAUAACGUUUUUUUCCUUCUUUUUUUUUACUCUUAAAACUGCCAGUACGUGAUGCAGUCGGUUUACGCUGCCCUUUGGCUGCUUGCGGUAGGUUCCCCUUUCCGGACAGUUCAAGGUUACUUUGUGAGGCGAUCGCCAAGUGUCACCUAUAAAUCUAAAGCACCUUUAUUUUUUUUUUCCUUCAGAUACAACAUCAAGAUGACAGUGCAGUCAAUGCAGUGCUAGCUACAGAAUUUUAAAUCCAGUGGGAGCUCUGUGUUGUUAAGAGCCUUCCUGCUGUGCGGUUUUAUUCAGCUGGGAGUGAACAGAGUGAUGUAUUUGCACCUAGGGCAACUUACUUUUUAACUCAUUGAAUUACUAAAGUUUCUCAGAGCCCUAGAAAAGCUUCCUUCUGCGCAAAGAUACCAGCUGUUCUUGCCUCCAUUGUGAGUAACAGACUUUGACCAAUGGUUAUUUGCUGAAAAGGAGAUUACAAAGAAAAAUGAUGCUUCCUUUAUAUAAUAAAAAGGUUAGUUAUAUUAAACUAUUAAUUACAUGAAACGAAAGAAUUUUGGCUCAUAAGAGUGCUAGGUGUCUGGCCCUUAUUUACACAGAUUAAAAUCGUCACGCUGCCUGAAAUUGGCUCAUUAAUAAAAUAAGCCUCGUGUGCCUGCAGCCGCGAGCUCAGGCUAAUCGCCUGGCGGGUUUCAGCAGCGUGGCAGCGAGUGCCCGCCUUCGGUUGCCCAGUAAUUCUCAGGAAAAGGCAGCCGCUCUUGGAUUGCUGUUUCCUCUGUUAGCUGUGGAGUAGUUGGUCGCCUGCACCGUAGCUUUGGGCUGCACGUGUUGGUUUUCCCCACGGUUGGAGCUGCUGGAUGUGUCACGACUGACAGCAUUGCCACCGAUCCUUGAGGUCUACCUAGGUAGUAGGUUAGUUUUUGCCUGCUGAGUGACAGAAAGCUGUGAGCUUUGCCUAACCUCCGCAAACGCCUGGUCUUGCUGCUCGCAAGGAGGCUUCUCAAGCAGUUUUGAGCAUUCUGCUGACAUAAACUCUAUCGCUUCUGAAGAUACCGUAUCUGGAAAAGGUAGUUUAUUGUUAGCAUGGGUUUCCACCACAGUUCCUGGACACUUGGUUAGGAUAGUUUGGGUUUUUUGUUUUUUUUUUUAAUUGAAAGAAAAUGCUACACAUAAAACUGGCUGCAAUAUGAUACUUAAAACAACCAAUAUUUCAAAUACGGCACUGGCCGUAUCGUCAUAAAAAUCUUUUUUAGUGAUGUUUUGUAACAUAUUUGCUAAGCAAGUGAGUUCCUUCUCUGAGAUGAGCCUAGCGUGUGUUUUGGCUGGAAUGGAAAUGGAAAUAAGGAGUAGCCAUUUACAAUUCUAAUUGCAGCAGAGCCUAGUGAAGUGUGGCGGCCCGUGUAGCUCCGCGGCACGGGGCAGCGAGCAGAGACCCUUGCUGAACCCCUGGACAGCACGGGAUGCAUGGAAUGCAUGGAAUGCAUGGAAUGCAUGGGAUACACGGAGAAGGGCACUGCAGCAGGAGAGCAGUUCACUUGCAUACCCGUGUCGUCUGAAUGACUCACUGUUGCAUUUGCCAUCUGGGCUGUUGCGCUGCAGACCAGCGGCCCCGUGUCCUUGGAAGCUGUAUCCAAGGUGACGGGAUUUCCUAGGCACCUUGUGGCAACCCACGUUCCCGGGCCCGGUCUGCGGGCGGGUUAACCCGCGUUCCGCCUGCUCUUUCGGUUGCUUUGCAUUUUAUAAAUGUAACGCUGCUUUGGGAUGUAUUUGUGCGCUGGGAGAAUGUGAGAACCUGAGGAUUGCUUUUGUUUGUUUGUUUGUUCUUCUUAUUAAUAUAUAUGUCAUCCGGAUCUGCCUUGGGGUUACCUAUGGAAAACUACUUUUCUCUAUGUUUGUGUAUAUUUGGAGUUUAAGCGGUUAUUUGCGCGGUUAAUUUAUUUUAAGUAGGGCUUUAGUUGGGAGCGAUCCUGCGGCUCGUGUGGCACUGUGGGGCGCUUCAGCGGGCGCUGCCGGGCGGGAGCGGCGCUCACGAAGCUCCCGGGCCCCGCUCUCCUCGCCUGCAAUUGCCUGUUUUGCAAGUCGUGGACCCGUUUGGUCCAAAGCAUGAAGACGGUUGCUCGCGUGUGGGUCAAACAUUCCACUCGAAUCCUCAUUCCAACAGCAGCUUUUCUUCCCCGGGUUUGUUUCGAGCAGCUCCUCCGGGAAAACUGGGAUAUAACUAUGGAGUUACGGUGCAGCUCAGCCUCACGCUGAGGAGGAGAAGCUCUUGCAAACCCA